GAGGCGCGGGGAGGGUUGGCAGCCAUGCGGCUACAGUUUCACCUCCCGCAGGUGUUGUGAAGAAGCACCUGAACACUCUCCUGGACCCUUAUUAUACCACUCUACGGGUUCUCACAGUCAUGAGAGUGGAGUGCCUGGUGGAGGAGGCCAGGUGAGCAUGUUCUCCCAGCGCAUUGUGACGGUUGACCAUUACCUGGCAGCCCCAGUUCCUGGCCUCGACCCUCAGUACUCCACCUUCCGCGGGGCCCCUAUCAAAAGGGUCCCUGUCCUCCGCAUCUUUGGGGCCACUGCGGCAGGACAGAAGGCGUGCACUCACAUCCAUGGAGUCUUCCCCUACAUUUUGGUGCCUUAUGAUGGCUCGGCUCCCCUGGCCACCCUGCCCUACACACUGGCCACUGCCCUUGACCGAGCCCUCAACACUGCCCUGGGUCAUGCCUCGGCCAACACUCAGCACGUCUACAAGGUCACCCCCGUGUCUGGGAUCCCCUUCUAUGGGUACCACUCCAAGGAGCAUCAGUUCCUCAAGAUCUUCUUCUACAGCCCCAACAUUGUGAAGAAGGCUGCUGAACUUCUACAGAACGGGGUGGUUCAGGGGCGGGUGUUCCAGCCCCACGAGGCACAUGUCCCCUUUGUGCUGCAGUUCCUGAUGGACCACAACCUGCAUGGUAUGAACAUGAUCCACCUCCAGUCCUGCAGGUUCAGGCAACUCCCAGGCAUGGAGGAAAGAGGAAGCAGCCCUACACAAACCCCUGCCCCACUGCCCCCGUCCUCGCCAGGCCAAGAUGGAGGGGCGGGGGUGAGUGGGGCUGGCACAGGAAUGGGGACGUCUCAGCGGCCGAGCACCAAAGUGUGGACGAGGGAGACAGUGCCGGCCAACCUAUGGCUGCCGGAGACAGUGGUGAGGGUGUCCUCCUGCGAGGUGGAGGUGGACUGCAUCUUCUCCGACAUCCUCAACCGCCUCCAGAUUGGAGGAGGUAUGGCAACCAAUCCAGGGCUUUCCUAUAUCUGGGAGGAUGAGGCUGAGAGGCAGAAGGAACAGGGAGGCUCUUUAGAGGACCUACAGCCACCCCCGUCCCCUCCCCGGCCUGACGUCACCCCAUCAGACUCUGAGGUGUUCUACCGGAAGCUGCUGAAGGAGAAGCUGCAGGCAGCAGUGGCAGCAAUGGGUCAGACCCAAGAGUCCAGCGGUGAGGCAGAGGCAGCCAGCCUUAACCUGCCAGCCCUCACCCCAGAUGACACAGUCCUUGCCCCAGCCACAGCUCCUGACACAGCAAGCCAGGCAGAUGUCACCACUGCAGAGGAUGAAUCUGUGGCGGAAGCAGUAGCAGCGGCAGCAGUGGCGGCAGCAGCAGCAGCAGAGGAGUCUCAAGUGGAUGAGGAGUUGAUUCUCAGCCUCACGCAGCAGUCACAUUCACAGUGGUUGAAUGAGAGUGACGUGGACCUGGUGACUGCCUUGGCGGGGCUGGAUGACGGGUCACAGGUGGUGGCACCUGAAGACCAUGAUGCCAUCCUGUCCACUCAACCACUUAGCCAUGGGUCAGCUGGGGCCAGCCAGGGCCAGCACCAGAGCCUCGGAGAAGUAAAGGAAGAGGAGGCAGAGGAAGAAGAAACUCGCCACAUGACCCAGCAGAUCUGGGACUCCAUUCUGAUGCCCCAAGAGGAAGAGGAAGCAAGAGGUCAAGGGAGUUCCUCCAGAUCAAAGGUGGAGGAUGGCCAGGCUUCCCUACUGCCUCCUGCCCCUCCAUCCCCACUCCCACAGCUGGACGGGGCAACUGACUCACUCCAACACUCCCUUUCUCCUUCAUCCCCUUCCCCCAGAGAUAACCUCGUGCCUUCCACCAGUGCCCACACCCCUCCACCCCCCCUGAACCAAGCUCAACACUCAGGGUUGCAACGCCAACACCCCAGGCCGGACAGGAGGGUUGCCACUAGGAGCCCUGUAGGUACCAGUGAUAGUGACAGUGAAGGGGAACCAUUCGUUAUCCCCCAGUUUGAUGGUGCCAAUGAUUUUGUGUCUCACCGGGGGCGCAGGCAGCACCAGAGCACCUCAGCCUCCCAGCACAACCGCCCCGUCACGGCCUCCACACGUAAUCUUGUCCGGGAGAACGCCCUGAAAAGGAGUCGGGGCGGGACAAGCCAUUCUGCCCCACCCCCCAGGCUCCCCCAGCCCCCCAAUGUGCCUUCCUCCCAGCCAGUGCCUUCACCCUUUGGUCCCAGCCAGCCUGCCACCCUGGUCAACCCAGAUGGUACUCUGGACCUGCCAGACUUCAUGGACAUUUCCUCCCGCAUGGCUGCAGGGGAGGUGCAGGCCCCCAGUAUUGUGCCCCAACCCCAGGCUCGGGGCAAGUCUUCCAGGCGGGAUUUUCUUUCAUCCCAGGACAUGCAGCAACCCCAAUCCCACCUCAACAUCACCCCACUGUCAGGCAUGGGCAUGUCCCAGCGUGUGCCAGGCAUUGGGGAUGCUGUGGUGGUGCCUGCACUGGUCACCACGGGCCGGGUCAGCUUUAGCUCCCCCCAGAUGCUGAUGCCCCAGCGCUAUGUGGUGCAGCAGCCCGGUGCAACUCCAGACCAGGAGUCAGGCCCCGACACUACCCAACCUAGCAGUCUGGGACACAAACAGAGCCGCAGGGCUGCUGCAGCAGAGGGUCAUCGGGGAAGCCCAGCCCUCAGGACACUUGUGCGGCAGGAUUCUGAGCAGUCGGCCUAUUCGCCCAUCUCAGAAGAGUCUGAUGGGGAGGGAUCGGGCAGGGGCAGGCGGGGGCGUGGGACGGCAGAGGGAAGGGCAGCAGAGACCCCAGCUGCCCCAGAGAAUGGAGACAUCCUGAAACAGGCCUUUGACAUGACCCUGUUUGAUCUGAAGCCCAUGGAUGUGGAGACCCCAGAGUUUGCCUUAGUACCUCCAGGGUACCCAGCAGAUGACUGUCCAGCACCCACCGAGGACAUGCUGGCCCAGGGCUCCUAUCUGUACCAGACGGAGGAUGAGAGCACCACCACCACCACUGUCCAGACUCCAGGCGGCGAGGGGGGCCACCUGGAGGUUCCUCACGCCCCACCUACCCCCUCACCGCCCCCAUCCCAGCCCCGGAAGGAACCACCACCCUCCAGUUUAAAAACCAAAAAGAAGAAACAGAAGUCUUCUCGGGAGAGGAACAGCACAAUGGAAGGCCACUCUAGCCAAGCAUCUGCUGCCAGGAUGGAGUCUGCCAGCCAGCCCUCACCCUCACCUGCGAAUUUUGCACAGCCAACGCCAAUGUCAGUGCCUAGUCGUGAGGUCUCCCCUGCACCCAUUAGUUCAGCAGGUGCUUCCAGCCAUCCUGGAUCCCCUGCCCCAGGGUCACCCACCCGACCUAGCAGGAUGUCCCCAAUCAAUGGUACAGAUGCCCCCUAUCUAGAGGAGCUGGACUACACUGCUGCACCCCACACCCCUGGGAGCUUCUUACCCAUGACGCAGCCCUCACCCAGCCCUCCACCCUCACGCUGGUAUGAAGAGAUGGAGCGCCCCCCCACUCCAGGCAGUCCCCUCAAGAAAGCUGCAACUCCCACCAAGAAAAAAGAGCCCAAAAGUAGGCCAACUGAGCAAGAAACAGCCAAGCCCCAGCCACCACCAGAGGCAAGCCCCAAGUCCCUUGAUGCCAAAGCUAAAAGGAAGUCCAAAAAAAAGAUGACCAGACUGUUUGGAUCCUUUUCUCCUCCCUCUCCCCCUCCCCAGAUAAAACCUUCAGAACCCAACUUUGACUCAGACAGUGAGAAUGGCACCCCAGACCGGCCCCAGACCCCAGGACGGGAGGUGGGGGACCAGGUCUUUGCCAGCUCUCCCCAGGACCUGUUCCGGGGUGGCCAGAGAAAGCUGGAAGAUGAUUUUACUUUUUAUCUUGACCUGGAUAAUCCUCCUGAGAGGCCUGUCACUCCUGGAGGUGGACGGGAGGUACAGGACAUCCUUGGAGGGGAGCCAGGCCGGGAUACUUCAAGACAACCUUACCACCAAUUUGAGUCAGUAUUUGAUACUGACUUCCAGCCAUUUGCUCCCAUGGAACGCCCCAGGACACCAGGGGGCUCUACGUUUUCCACUCCACUUAUUUCUGGAAAGGAAUCCCCACAUCCUGGGCUGCCCCUUUCAGAUUUCCCCACUGGACCCCCGCUGAUGCUGCGUCCUCCUUACACACGAGAGGAUCCAGAUCCCCCACCAAAUGAGGCUGUACGGGGUGCCUCUAGAGUUCCUCCCUCCACAGCAGCACAAGAGGUCAGCAAAAAGACCUCUGAGGUGUCAGCAGAGGCCCAUAGUCGAGGACGGGAGGCCAAGGUGGCAGCCCACCAGCGGGAAGGAAGGAAAUCCUCCAGUGGCAACAGUAGCAGUAGUAGUAGUAGUAGUAGGAGCAGCAGGAGCAGCAGCAGUAGCAGUAGCAGCAGUAGUAGCAGCAGUAGCAGUAGUAGCAGCAGUAGUAGUAGCAGUAGCAGCAGUAGCAGUAGCAGUAGCAGCAAAAGUAGCAGUAGUAGUAAGAGAAAGAAGUCUGGUGAAGGUGGGGAGAAGCAAAGGCAGACACAGGUAUCAGGUGUUGGUGCUACUGAUGUGAACUCCAGACAGUCUCAGGCAAGGAAGGAGGCCAGGAGCAGUGCUCAGGGGGCACCUCAUGAGGGAAAAACAGUACAAAAGGAGGCAACUCCAGGGAAGAUGAAAACUGGGGAAAGGAAGAAACAGGAUGGCAGAAAGCCUGAGAGACUUCUUCCCUCCACACAGACUUCCACCACCUCACAGAAGCAGAAUUCUCAGACCCAGCGGCACCAGCCAUCCAGAGAGCCAGAGAGAAGUGAUCCAGCUGGUGGUGGUGUGGUGCCUGGGCCAAAGUCUCAUCACACCCCUGGACCUGCUGGUAAUCAGGCUUGGGGCCCUGCUGUUAGGGAACCCCAAGGGAAAAGAUCCCAGCAGGGGGCCACAGCAGCAUCUUUCAAACAUGCUCCUCCUGAUGGUCCACAGAGACACAGAGGCCAGCCACCCCCACAACUCUCACGGCCGGAGGGUCGAGGGGACGGAGCUCGGUCAGUCGGCCAGUCAAGGGGACACAUGGAAACCUUUGUCAAAGGUGGAAAGCCACCAGAGGCACAUCCUCAGUCUCUUGCAAAAACCCACACAGGUGCCAGGGCUCCUCACCAAGGUACCAAAGCCACACCGGACUUUCAGCUCCAGCCUCCACCUCGGGGGAAGGCCUCCUCCUCCCCCAAGCCAUCCUCAGCCAGCAGUGCAUCACCUGAAGUACCUGGUCGCCAGCAGCCCCGGGGCCACACUCAGCCCAAGCACGGUGGCAUUGCAUCACAAUCCCAGCCUCCAUCCACCCACCCAUCCCACCCACAACAACCUGGCUUCACACAGAGUAACUGGUCUGUGGUAUCACACAGCAAUACUGCUCCACAGCAGAACCAGAGUGGCCAGGGAGGAACACGCCAUCCCCACCCAAGCCACGGAAGCCGGGCCUCACAUCCCCACCCAGGCCAGGACCACAGGACUACACCUCAUGGAGCACAAGGGGGCAGAGCUGUACACCCUCCCAACCAGCCUCACCCGCCCACUCAGUCACCCGUGCCAUGCAAGGCAUCUUCUAGAAAUGCCUCACACCAGGCACAGGCCAGACCCACAAGGCCUGGAGGUCCUUUCUCAAGCAACCCCAGUUCUCAUCUUUCCCAGCAGAAACCUGUCCCAGACCAGCCACAGCUAGGCAGUCUUCACAGGCAGCUGGAGGAGCAACAACGGAAGAUUCCACCUCAUCACCAACAGCAACACAGUCAGCAGCGACAGCAGCAGCAGCAACAAAAACAUCAGCAGCAACAACAACAAAAGCAACAGCAGCAGCAGCAGCAGCAUCAAAUGCAACAACUAAAGCAACAGCAGCAACUGCAACAACAAAAACAUCAGCAGCAACAGCAGCAGCAACAGCAGCACACGUCCCAGAAUACGCAGCCACCCAGCCAGAAAUUCAGAGGCCUCAAGUCCAUUCCUUCUUUGUCCAGCAGCUUUUGCAAGGGCAAGAGUGAGGCAGCCCAAGGACCUGCCCAGAAGACCAAGGAUGGCCAGUUAUCCCAUAGCUACGAGGAUGACCUUGACCUGCCCCUCAUGGGUGGAUCCUUGCCCCUUAUGAGCCCCAUGCCCUGCACUCCUGCUGCCCACCGAGAAGACCACACUGCCUCUGCCGCUGAACCUCUUAUCAGCUCUAUUCCAAGGAUGGAUCAAGUACAUCCUCCCAUGAGCCCCAUGGCCCCCACCCCUCACCACCGGCCCCACACACCCCCGGAACCCUUGGUUGCCACCCCAUCCAGUGGGGGAUCAUUUGUUCUUCCAGCACUUCCCAGGCCUGUGAUGAGCCCCAUCCCUCCCACCCCAUCUCGCCCCUCCUCUCCCCCACCAUACAGCCCCAUGCCAGUGUUGCCGUCCAGCAUGGGGCCGGCCAUCAGCCCGCUGCCCCACACCCCAAGACCCUCAAUGACGGAGACCUUCAGCCUGCUCAGUCCCAUGCCCGCAACACCCCAGGCUGACGACCACCACCACCAUCCCCUUGGCAACCUGCACGAGGCAGAGGAGUUCCUGGUACGCCCCAUCAUGAGCCCCAUGCCCCAGACCCCGGCCCACCCCUCCCAGGCCCUGCCACACACACAGUCUUCUAGCGUGAAGGAAAGCUCACAGUCAGCAGCUAGAGACAUGGCCAAGAGUCCUGUUCCUCCCAUGGCAGAAUCCUCAGAUUUUCCCCACCACCCCAUGAUGAGCCCCAUGCCAGUGCACCCUUCAGUGGGCCCCAUGGUGAGCCCUCUUCCCAAUACCCCCAGGUACCCUGGCAGCAGCCCCUUCCCAUCACUGCCCUCUGGUCCUGGGCCCCUCAUCAGCCCCCUGCCCCAGACCCCCUCCUACCUCUCCAGUGCCCCAGACCACCAGUCGCCUCUGUACAUGCCCUUCACCCCCAACCUGCAUACUCCUCAGACCCCAACCCACACCCCUGAGACCCAGCCCCCAUCCCAAGCCCCAGCUUCACCCCCCAGCACCUCAGCCUCUUGCUCUGCCUCCUUCCCUUCACAGACCACUGCAUCCUUCACACCUGUACCCACCCCUCUCACCCCCAUUCAGACACCUUUACAGAAUCCCUUCACUCCACUACAGCCACCCCUCACCCCUCUACAACAACCUCUAACACCUCUGCAGACCCCUCUCACCCCUAUCCAGCCCCCUCUCACCCCACUGCAACCAUCAUUCACCCCACUACCACCUCCCCUCACCCCAUUGCAGCCCUCCACCACCCCUAGACCUGAGGCUCCCACACCUUUAGGGUGCCAGGUGUCGGAGGAGAGUGGGUGUGGAGGCAUACAGUACAGUCCCAUGCCUGUCUUACCCUCUGCCCCAAGCCCUGCCAUGAGUCCAAUGCCCCAGACCCCUGUUCAUGCACCUGAAAGGGGUCUUCCCACUCCCCCACUCGCAGGCACCACUCAAGGUCCCUCCUCUCUCUUCAGCAUUGCAUCUCCUUCCCCACUGAAUGAAAAAGACCUAAAGUCACACCAAAGUCCACAGUCUGUAGGUGGUGCCUCCUCAGGGCCACAGGCAAGUCCAAGGAUGAUGCCCUCUGCUACUCCACCCCAGCCAAGCCCUCUGUCUCAGGCCCUCAUGUCUGCAGCUGUCACCCCAAACCACCCUAGUCCCAUUGCACAACCCCAAAUGGCUGUGUCUGCAACUCCACCUCAUCCCAGCCCCCUCUCUCAAGCCCUCAUGUCAGCUUCUAGCACCCCAUCACAUGCCAGCCCAAUGUCACAAACACAGAUGUCGGCAGCUGUCACGCCGCCACACCCCAGUCCCAGGUCACAACCCUUACUGCCAGCUGCUGCCACACCACCCCAGCCCAGCCCCCUACCUCAGUCCCUGAUAUCCAUCUCUGCUAUUUCAUCUCAACCCAGUCCUCUUUCUCAAGCCCUGAUGUCUGCCUCUGCCACUCCACCACAGCCCAGUCCUCUGUCACAAACCUUAUUGCCUCCUGCUGCCACCCCACCUCAGCCCAGUCCCCUGCCACAAACAUCAGUUGCACCUUCUUCCACUCCACCACACCCUAGCUCCCUGCCACAGUCUGUCAUGCCCUCUGCUACCACACCAUCCCAGCCCAGUCCUUUGUCACAAGCUGUACUGUCGGUUGCAGCCACUCCACCUCAGCCCAGUCCCCUGUCACAAGCACUGAUGUCAGCUGCUGCCACUCCUCCCCAGCCCAGCCCCAUGUCGCAAGCACUUGUAUCAACAGCUGACACUGCGCCUCAGGACAGCCCCAUGUCACAAGCUCUAGCAUCAAUAGAGCCUUCUCACAGCCCUCUGUCACAAGCCCUGUUGUCCACUGUAUCUAGCACACCCCAGCCCAGCCCCCUGUCACAAGCCUUGAUAUCUGCUGAUGCCUCUCACCUCAGCCCUGUGGUGUCUCAGGGGACUGCUGUCACUCUCACCAGCCCCAUCAUGCCAUACUCAAGUGAGAACACUGUAGGGGAACCUUACCUUUUACAGCCAGUGUCCUCUUGUGCUCCUGCCCAAACCACAGACUCUUCCACUCCCCUAAGUACUCAUACUGUGUCCCUGGCUACCCUUACAACCCUUACCACUUCUGCACCCAUCUCCACCACCCUCACAGCCACCCUCACCACUCCAACACCAAUCUUCACCCUCCCCACUUCAUCACCUGUCUUCAGCACCCUUGCAAGCACCCUCACCACUUCAGCUUCUGUCUUCACCACCCUCACCACUUCUGCACCUGUGUUCACCACUCUUGCAACCAUCACCACUUCAUCACCUAUCUUCACCCAUGCAGCCACCAUCACCACUUCAGCACCCAUCUUCACCACCCUUGCAGCCUCCUUCACCACCCAGCCAACCACUCUCAUCACUUUGACUGUCCCAACAAGCACUCUGACCACCCAGGCAGCCAUGGUCGCCUCCUUUACUGGCCUGGGAACUACCACUACCCCCCUUGCCACCCUAGAGACUCCUUCCACCACCCUUGGAGUAAAUGUGACCACAAGUGUUCCAGCACCAAGGCUAACCACCAUUGGUCUUUUGCCUGGGGCAUCAUCCCAAGUGGCUUGGCCCCAGACCAGUCCUGUCACACUUGCUUCAAGCCUGCGUCCACUUGCCAGUACAAAUUUUGUCCCAUCAAAUAGUGGUUGUUCUGUGACUAGUGCCCCAGGUGCAGGUGCUUCCCAGGCUGCCAGUAUUUUGAAGACCACCCUACUAUCUGGACCCCAAACAGGACCAUCUCAGACCCAGGUCACUGGACCGUCUACACAGCCCCAAGCUGCUACACCCCUUUUUAUUGCCCCGCCUGGGCCUGCUCCCUUCCCAUCAGCUACAGGCCAGCAGCCCAUGACUCUUUCCCAGGUCAUCUUGAUGCCCCAGAUUCAGGGUCCUAUCCGGAUCAGCCUUCCUCAAGGGAUUCCUACUGCUGCUGUGAGGAUGCCAGCACCAAUCCUGAGAACCCCUGUCCCUGCACCUUCUCCCUCCACCUUGACAGCCAGUUCUACAGCACCACCCACCCAGGCUGGCAUUAGUUUGGGCAGCCAAAAUGCCCAGUUUGUCAUCCCCAUCUGUUCUGCUCCAAGCACAGUCCCAACCACCAGCACAGGAGUAGUAAGGAUGGUGAGUCCAGCCUUUCCAUCUCCUGUGCUGGGUUCAAGUGAAGGCACAACCAAGGUGGACAAACCCACCAAGAUAUUAGCUGAUAUUAUGGAGCUGAGCAAUCCAGAUUUUUGUACACCACUGGAGCAGCAGGGAGACAAGGAAAUGAAGGAAGCAGAGCAGUCUGGAGGCAGCAAUGCUCCUCAGGACAUUCUGCAGCAGUCUGGUCUAGAGAAGAGCUCAUCAAACAGCAGCAGUCAAGCCUCACAGCUGCCACCAGUGCUGAUGGCUCUUCAGGCCAUAUUUGAAAAGGAAAUGCAAGAGAAUGACCAGAGUGAACACCAGAGUGAAGAUACUAAUGCAGAACGUUCUUCAAAGGCCCCUGAAAGUCCUCAUGAUGCAGGAAGCAUCCCAUCUACCACUGUAUGCACAAUGCCAGCCUUGCAGAGUCUGCUUACAGAUGGUGUGAGUCCAAGACCCAGUUCUAGGCAGCCUAUGCUCAGCCCAGCAGGUGCUAGCCAGCCACACACUCUGAAUAAAGAACUGUUCACGAGAAUGCAAACACCGUUAUCUUCUACACCAGAAAGUACUGGCAGCUGCAGUGCCCCUCCAACCACCUCACUUACCAACAACACUGUGCCUACACCCACAGCAAGAUUUCCCUCCCCCAUGUCUGUGAGAGACUCUACUCCACAAGGUGCAUCACUCCCUGGUGCAGGUGUGGCUGCCAGACCCUGGGGUCAGACUGCAAAUAUGGCAGGGGAUAUUAUGGUCACUUCUGUCUCUCUGGGAGGCAUACAGCCACCCUUAAUUAGCCCACAGAGGGGUGUGAGGCCCAGUCUCCUAAGGUCCCCUUCCAGUGUGAGCACUACCUUACCCAUCUCCACCUCUUUCUUCACACAGCCUUCCCCUGUCAUAUCCCCUUCUGCCUCUGCCAUCUCCCACCUAUCACUUACCACCACUACCACCACCCCACCCUACAUGUCACAGACCACCUCAUUCAUGACUCAGGUGUCUCCUGCCCUCACUUCCACCACCACCUUCAGCUGCCUCUCCUCCUCCCCUGCCACGACUGUUACCUCAUUCCUGCCUCACCCCUCUUCUUCUGUUACACCUGCUGCCUCUGCCUCAACUUUCCUGCAUCACUCCUCCCCUUCCAUCACUCCUGUCACUUCUGCCUCACCAUAUAUGCCUCACCCCCCUCCUUCCAUCACCCCUGUCACUUCUGCCUCACCAUACAUGCCUCACCCCCCUCCUUCCAUCACCCCUGUCACCUCUGCCUCAACUUAUAUGCCUCACCCCCCUCCUUCCAUCACCCCUGUCACCUCUGCCUCAACAUAUAUGCCUCACCCCCCUCCUUCCAUCACCCCUGUCACCUCUGCCUCAACUUAUAUGCCUCACCCCCCUCCUUCCAUCACCCCUGUCACCUCUGCCUCAACAUAUAUGCCUCACCCUCCUCCUUCCAUCACCCCUGUCACCUCUGCCUCAACUUAUAUGCAUCAUCCCCCUCCUUCCAUCACCCCUGUCACCUCUGCCUCAACUUAUAUGCCUCACCCCCCUCCUUCCAUCACUCCUGUCACCUCUGCCUCAACAUAUAUGCCUCACCCCUCUCCUUCCAUCACCCCUGUCACUUCUACCUCAACUUUCCUACGUCAUUCCUCCCCUUCCAUCACCCCUGUCACCUCAGCCUCACCAUACAUGCCUCACCCCUCCCCUUCCAUUACCCCUGUCACCUCAGCCUCACUAUACAUGCCUCACCCCUCCCCUUCCAUCACCCCUGUCACCUCAGCCUCACCAUACAUGCCUCACCCCCCACCUUCCAUCACCCCUGUCACUUCUGCCUCACCAUACAUGCCUCACCCCCCUCCUUCCAUCGCUACUACUAUCACUUCCUCAGCAUUUGUUCCUCACACAUCCCCUUCUGUCAGUCAUGCCACCCCCACAACAACCUACAUACCUCCAUCCUCUUCCUCCAUCACCCCUGGUACCCCUGCCUCAACACACAUACCUCAUUCCUCCCUUGCAACAACUUUGUCCACCCCUGUCUCUUUUUAUAAUCCCAGCAGUACUGACACCAUCACCUCUGCAACCGUGCCUUAUGUAUCCCAAGGUGUCACUACUAUUACGGCUGCUGCUCUUCUCAUGUCUCAAGCUUCCACCCUUGCCACUACAACUACUUCUGCCACCCAUGCCCCUUCUUUUGUUUCCCAAGGAGCCACAACAGGAUCCCCAGCAAUGCAUGACUCUAGUGUGGCUAAGAUUACAACCUUUGUCACCACUGGCUCUUCCAACUCCUUGCCAUAUAUGUCUCAGUCCUCCAGUAUCACUUGUGUGACCACUGUGCCAUCCUACAUGCCUCAUAUUACCUCUACUGUUACCCCCAUCACCAUGCACAUGCCGUACUCCUCCCCAUCAGUGAGUCUUGGCAGUGUGCCUCAAGUGCCCACCCUCACACCAAAAGUUUCAGACACACCACACACUGCCUCCAUUGUCACCCCUUCCAGCACAACCAUCACCACAUACACCCCUCACAUGACCACUGCCCCAGCAGUCACGUCACACCUGUCCCAGACCUGCCCUCCCCCUACUUCAGUAUCAGUUCCUCACUCUGUCUCUGUGGGAUGGUCGAGGGACAUGAGGUUUGGGGGGGGAAGCAUCACAAGGCUGCCUCUCUCAGUCUCUGAAUGUGUGAUUGGAACUCCCCUCAGCACCACUGUGUCCCCAACACAGACCACAUCCGUCUCAUCAACCACAGCAACACUUCCGCAAGUCUCCCCUCUAGCUGUUGUCUCCGCCCAGCCUCGUGCCACCCUUCCCAGGGGCAUGCUUCCUGGAAUGGUGAUGUACAGGCGGCCCCAGCUUGGGACGGGCAGCUCCAUGGGCAGGCCUGGGGGUCUUGUGGUGUCAGCUGGUGGAUGUGUAGAGCUGUCCCCACCUCUCAGCUUCACACACAUCACCCCAAGAAUGCCUGGGAAGGCAGGAGCAUCAGCUCCCAGAAUGAUGGGCUUUUCCAUCCCAGGAGGCUUCCAGCAGCAGCUGUCAGCAAGGUUUCCUGCUGCUUCCCCAAACCAGCCCUCAGAUGAUAAGUUAGGUGAAGACUUUUCCACUGAUGCUUCUGCUUCUCCAUCUUCCACCACCACCGUAACAGCCACUACCACGACCAUCACCUCCACUGCCAUGACUACCACCACUACCACCACCACCACAAUACCUGCCACUUCAACACUUUCUAAUGUUGUGCCUCCUAAUAGUAGCAGUAUCCAGCAGGUUGUGGCUCCCUCUAAUGUUGGUGGUAGUAUUGCAAGUUCAUUCAAGCCGCAGGAACCAGACAAGGCAUCCCAUCAUCCCCAUAAAAUGUUCAAGCUCAAGAAGCACAUGCCUCCUCCCAUCAGCCAGCCCAUCGCUGCUAAUGAUGACCCUGAAGGCCAGACUGAGGUUGCCAGUCUCAAGCACCAGCCCAACAGGUUUGAAGCUUAUGGCUCCACCAGCAGCACUGGGAAGCUGAGCCCACGGCUGGGAGCUCUGGAGCACGUUGUCCCUCUCCAGGCCAGGGAGGGACCCGCCCAGACUGUGGUGGUGCGGCAGCAGCGGCAGGUCACGCCCGGCCCUGGACCCAGCCCUGUUUUGGACUAUGACGCUCGCUCUGUGGACUCUUUAGGCUCCAUCGGUGUGGAGCUUCAGCAGCCAUUUUCCAGCCGACCUUCCUCCGACGGUGAUUCAGAGUUGCGGCCGUUGGCCACACCUCAGGGCUACUUCAGGAGAAUCAGGGAGUCCCCUGCUAGCUCCAGGAGCCAUGCCAGCUGGUCUGCAGAGAGCACACCUGUUCCUUCUGCAAAGGUACCCACAUCUUCACCUUAUCUGGAUGUCCAGACACAACAGACUUCCCCACUUUCACUGGUGAUCCAGAAGACAAGUACCCCGGGCCUGUCUUGUGAUGCCCCGCAGGGUCCAGACCCGUCUCUCUUGGCACCCGCUAGACAACAGCUAUUCCCUCAUUCUGCCCAGUCCCAGGAAGUCUCGUCCUGGGAUGAACGAGUGCGGCCUCUAAGGAAACGCUCCUUCAACAUCACUGCUGAUGAACCUCAGGAGACAGAGGCACCGCAUGCAGGAUCUUCCACCCCCGCCCCCUGUCUGCGAGCAGCCUCCAGUCCUGUUGCCAAACAGCCCUCGCCAAGUCCCUCUCCAUCAGAGAGAGAGAUACAGAGUACUGCUCCACCUAAUCUACCUGGUCCAGCUCCUUCCAUACACAUGAUGCACCUGCCUCUCUAUCCUGGCCUUAACCACCAGCAGGAAGUUGCUGCCCGGCCAGGGGAACAGCUGUACAAGGAACGACCUUUCAUAAGGGAGUCAUUCCAUCCCCUGGCCAAGUCUGGGCCUCCUCCACUUCUUCCUCCUUCUGAUGUAGCACACACUCCUAGAACCUACAGCUCACAAGCUCCUGCCCAGACCCCAAAAGAGAAUGUUGCCCAUCUCCCUGGAAACAAGGAGGAGGCUGCCAGUCAAUACUUGAGGUAUUCUGGGCCUAAUCUGAGAAGACUACCCCAGAAGAUGAAUCUGUUGCCACGCCUCAGUCAGUCUGAGGUGAGGCAGUGGCCUGGCAUGUCUGACCAGUUGCUGGGCCACAUGAGACCACACUUAUGGCCUCAGCUGGUGCGGGAGAGGUUGCCUUACUCAUCCCUGUUAACUUACCACAACCAACCUCACUUCUUCCCAAGGCCCCACCCACCUUCUGGGCCACUCAGGGGUGAGGGUGGGUCUGGCAAGGAGCUGGAGCAAGAACAACAGACAAGCCAGUUAUCUCCUGAUGACAGCCCUAUUAAUGUGGUAGAUGAAACGCCAGACCCAGUCUUUCCCCAGCAGGAGAUUAACAUUCCGCCACUGACAGAAAACAUGUCCAGCAAUCCAGGGUCCAGAAUGGGAUCUGGGCCUGGGGAUGGCUCUAACCUGGAAGGUCUGGGCAAGUCUCUGCAGCACCAUGUGUCCUCCCAAGCCAGGGUUUUGGGACCCCUCAAGACUACUUUAGUGCCUCCUGGACCUCUGUGUGGUGGCUCACCCCAUCAUCCUUCAGGACUUUCAAUAUCUUCAGCUGCUGUUUCACAUCUGCCAAGCACCACUUCCUCCUUUGCUGCUGGACAGAGUGCACCCCAAGAGGAAGAGAUGGACUUCCAGACAGCAGACAACACUGGCCCACUGCCGGGUGGUGAUGGUGCACGACCCGAGCAGGCAGGCAAGCUGGGCAAGUUCCUGAAAAGGUACAACAGAGAGUCAGUAGAUCAUUCCCGUGCUGACUUGAUGGGAGGGGAGGAGUCCCAGACUCCCUUCCCCCGAGAGGAGCCAGAUGGGAUUGCCAGGCUUCGGGAUAGUUGCCUGGAGGAGGGCCUCUCAGACAGUCAGAUAUCUGUUCUGCACAAGAUGAACCAAGAGGUGGGGAGCCAGUUUAGCCGAGGCUUCAAAAAAACUUUCAGCACCAAGUUUGGAGACAAGGAUGGCAGUGAGGGAGAGCAGGGUGCUUUCAGGGAGGCUGAGGUACCAUCAUGCCAAGGAGCUGAGGACCUCCCCUUCAGAGAAGUGCAAAUCCCAUUUGGUUCAGCAGACACAGCUCCAGCUAGUGACAUGGAAGCAGAUGUACUUCCUUGCCAGGAGCUAGAAGGGAACAGUGUACCCUUGUGCACACAGCCUGUCAGGACACCAAAUCGGGAGGGAGAGGCAGCCAUUUCUACACAGAAUGAAGUGAUGUCAUGUAUGAAAACUCAAGCAGCCUCAUUUAGGAAUAGUGACAUGACUUCCUGUAGAGAAUCUGAAGUGGCCUUGCGUAAUGCACCUGAUGUGGCUUUGAGUAGUGGUGCCAAAGCUCCACUGUGCGGGGAGACUGGAGAGUCUUCACUCUCACAGACAGAAGUGGCCUUAUGUGCACAGACUGAAGUAGCCUUAUCAACACAGACUGAAGUGACCUUACCUACACAGACUUCACAUAUAGAAGCUAAUGUGGCUUCACAGAUAGGGGCUGAAGUAGCCUCACAAAUAGAGACUGAAGUAGCUUCACAGAUAGGAAGUGAAGUGGCUUCACAAAUAGAAAGAGUGGCAUCCCUAAUGGCUGGAGUAAGCACUGAUAGUAGUAGGGAGGAUGCUUCAUGGAAUGAAGCUGGUAGCCAGGAUCCUGAAGCUGAGGAAGCCAAGGAAGCUCUCAUGGAGAAGGGUGGCCCAUCAGACCAUCUUGGAGAGACCCUUUCCAUUCUGAAGGGCAUGGAUGAUAGUCCCCAGGGUUUGCUGGGAGUAUUUGAAGAAGGAGAGGAAGGAGCACGGGACAGGAAAGGACUGGAGAGGCAGCUGUUGAGCUUGGGUUCAAGUCAGGUAUCAAGCCCUGCCCUUGAUCUUCUAGCCUUCCAUGGGCCCCUCACACAGGAAGACAGUGAUGUGGAGUCCAUUGUCCCCAGCACACGUGCAUCUCAGAUCAUUGUGCGGCGGAGCAGCUCCUCCAGCCAGGCUAGUGACACGUCCCAUUACUCCCCCCCACCUUUCAACCCCACUCCUUCCCCUGGUCUUGACUCCUCGGAUGCUGAUGAUACCUCAGCAUGUCUGCCAGACGGCGCCAGUAAGACAGUCAGAGAUGCCCCAUUCAAUCUUGCAACGAAUACGUCCAGGACAGCCACUCUUUCUUGCCAGUCUGCUGCCACUCCUAGAGGCAGCAGUCCUUCAGAAGUGGCAGCAAGUCUAUCCAACCCUUCCUCACCAAGGCAAGACUCUACAGUGAUCGUUCAGCAGGAGAACCUUAGGAGGCCAGAGUCCUGUCCUUUGUCACCUUCGGCUGGCCCUAAGGUGCUAGAGUGGCAGGGCACAGGGCAGGACGGUCAGGUGGACAAGGAGAGGCAGCAGUGUCGUCCUAAGCUGCCUACCAAAGCUGCCCUCAAGGCCUUUACUGAGGACCUGCUGCCCCCACCCUCUUCCACACCUGACAGCAGCUCUGAGGUGACAUCCACCACUCCGGAUGUGACCCUCUCCUCUUAUCGAGGAAGGGGUGGGAGGGUGGGUCGAGGCCGACCAUCAGGGAGGGCGAAGAUAACAACACCAGGGAGGAGGCCUGGCCGUGGCCGUGGCCGAGGCAGGAAGAACCAGAUAGCCAGAGAUGAUCUGUGGUGCAAUGAAGAUCCACCUGUGUACACAAACAACACUACAGGUGUGGAUCCUGCUUCCCCUUUCCUCCCGCCCCCUGAAUCCCUGCCCUCCCGCAGGACCCGUCGCCCUGGCACAAAUGUCUCAUAUGCCAAGUAUUUUGACUCUGAAUCAUCUGCUCUUCCCCCUAAGAUCAUGCCUCCCCCAUCCCUCCUACCUCCUAUGGAAGCUCAGCAGACCAUGAUGCCACAGCCCUUGGGGCCCAUGCCCUUGACCACCGCUGCACCUCUGACCCCACCCAAAAGACCAAGGGGCCGCCCCAGGAAGAUUACAGAAGCUCUGCCUGGAAGAGAUGUCUCCCAAAAUGCUCUGGUUAACACUGCCACACCUGUCUCUCCACAACUCCCAAAGCGUCCUAGAGGUCGGCCGUCCAAGAAGGCCCUGCAAGGCACCCUGGAGCCACCGCCAGUGGUGACGUCAUCACAGCUCACUGUCAAGAUGAACAAUGACUCUAAGCUGAAACUCACCAUUAGGAGAAUGUCAGUAGGUAAAAGGAUGGCCAACAACACCCCCCAAACACCUCAUAAGAAGAGAAAGAAGUCACCAGAGCCCACCACACCUCAUCUGGUACUACCCCAGAAGGGAGAUUCCAUCAGUAGUACUAGUGCUUCAGGCCAGGCUUGGCCAGAGCAGUGUGGUGGCCAGUCCCCUGCCUCCCAGGGCUCCCCUGACUCACUGCCACUGCAUUGUGAUCCACGUGAUCCCUUGGGUAUUGACCUGGAAGAGGAAGAGGAGGAGGCACUGCGUGCACGAGGCUCAAGGCUGAAGAACAAUGUUUAUGAGUUUGAGGAAGAGUUCAGUGAGGAUGAGCUGCCCCUCAAGCGCCAGAACAAACGUUUCCGUGAUGGCAGCUCCCACACUUUUAAGCGUGCUCGACAAAUUGUGCGGAAUGCCAUCAAGACACCUGUCAGGGACCCUAACUUCAGGUAUCUAAGAACCCCUGGCCAGUCCACUCCCAGCUAUGCCACCAUGUAUACACCAGUCCACCGCAUCCACUACACAGGACCUGGCUCCACCCCCAGCCAUGUUUCACAGGGUGACUUCAAAAUUCGGCUGAGGAAGAAGCCAUCAGACCACCACAACCUUAUAGUCAAGAUAAAGAAAACUCAGGACUCAGUGGUGGCAACAGAAUCACAUCAAGCAUCAAGAGAGCACAGUGAGACACAGCAGCCUGAAACAGACCUGUCUCAAGCACAGCCAGUGCAAACCCACCAGCCAGAGACACGGGCAACAGAAACAAGUGUGGCACCUUCUGCUGUGCCAUCACAGGUACCAGCUGAGGAGGUUAAUAUUGUGGACAAGACUCAAGACAACAGCACUUCUUCCAAGUCCAAAGAGGUUCAUCAGAUCAGUACCAGCAUUCAGUCUGAGAGGAAUAUGCCAGCCAUCCCUACACUCAUCAUCAAGAAGUCCAAACUCUGUGGGUUUUCCGCCUCACUAGAAUCUGGCGAUCGGCCACGAGCAAGACACACUGAGGAUGGCUUCCUAAUCCCCCUAGCUCCUGUAUCUGCUCCUUCCCUUGCCCAUACUGCCUCCCACACUGCUUCCUGUAACCGACCCAACACCCAUUCUCCUGCCCCAGCCUCUUCUGCCCCAUCUUCAGUUUCAUCCUCAGCCCCUGUCACAGCCUCAGCCCCAGCAUUAGUCACAACUUCAUCUUCAAUCCCAGCCCCUGUCUUGGCCACAUCCUCUUUACCAGUUUCAACCCCAGUCCCAACCCCAACCCCAGUGCCAACCUCAACCCCAGCCCCAUCCCCAACCCCAGCACCAGUCCCAGCCCCAGCCCCAUCCCCAUCCCCAUCCCCAUCCCCAACCCCAGCCCCAGCCCCAGCCCACAUUACUCUGAGGUUUAAACGUUCCAAUCUCCAGUGGCAGCAGGAACCCACUAACCCUAGUCUGAGCUCCAGCAGCAGUAAAAACACUACCACCACCACCACUACUGCUGCUGCUGCCACCACUUCUUGUACCAUCACAACCACAACUACUGCAACUACUACCACCGUUGCUACUACUUCUGCUACCACCACUACUACCACCACCACCACUACUGCUGCUACUGAAGACGGCAAUCCUGCAUCUGAGCGACUGGUUGCCAAGAUACAAACUCCACUGAAAAUUAAGAUCAUGAACCCAUCCCAGGAGCCAAGCCAGCUGGAACCUGACUCUUCAGCUCCUAGUCAGGCCUCACCCCCCACACCCCAGCAACUUCCCACCACCUCCAACCCACCACCUGCCUCCUCCUCCCCCUCCUCACAGCCUGUCCAAGCUCCUACUUCCUCCUCACAGUCUGUGCCUAGCUCCACCCCCCAGCUUGUCCAGACACCUUCCUCCUCAUCAAAGACCCCUACAGAAGCCACACCCCCGCUCUCCAGCCCUCCUCGUCCCACUCCACCACCCUCCACUCCAUGCAUCAUCACACCCUCACCAUCUAAGAGGGCCCUCACAACCAAAACAUCACCACCCAAAUCAGUCUCCACAUCAAAGUCCACCACCUCCACAUCUUCCACCCCCCAACCAGCGCCCUCACCCCGCCCCCCCAGUACACCCCGUGGCACUGGCAUGGACUCUGUGGAGCAGGAGUUGGCGGCCAUCCUGGGAUCCCCAACAAAGGGGUCUGAGAGGGUGGAGGCUCCCGAGGCAAGGGGGCUGGAGGACAGUGACCUGGCAGCACUCUUGAUGGGGGAGCGGGGUGGCAGCAGUGCUGUCAGUCCUGCCCCUGGUGCCAGACAUGACAUCCAGAGCUCCACACCUCCAGACCAGCAGUCCCGCCAGUCCUCAUCCCCUGGAGAGGCAGGCAGGGGUGCCGUCAGUCAGACAGGAGAUGCCAAGCUCAAGACUCCACCCAGGGUUAUGGUGGAGAAGCUCACACAAGACACAGUGGACUCACUCACAGCUCUGUCCCAGGAAGCUUCCCCAAGGAGACAGCCCACCACACCAACCUCUGCCUCUGACACGAAUGAGGGCAGGCAGCAGUUCCCCGGAGACUCUUCUCUGCGGGCUGUCAGGAAAAGACCUUUGUCCAGCCCCAAAGACACACAGCACACUAAGAGGCCAUGCAAAGGACAAGUGAGUGAGGACGAGACAGGACCUGAGGAUUGCACCAUGAGUCCUUCAAGCAGCAACAGUGACCUGACCGUCAGAAAAGACACACAAGGUCCACAAGCAUCAAAGGACUUGACUGACAAAUCACAGAAAAAACAGACAUGUAAACAGCCAGUUGCAGUCACCACUGAGAAGAGUUCUGGGGGAAGUGCCUCAGAAGGGAGUCCCUCUCCCUCCUCCAGAGCUGAGACAGAAAGUGGCAGUGGUAAGAAGGCCACUGGGAAACUUUGCAUGACCUUCCCUCGCCGCCAUUUCAUGGGAGGGAAGAGUGCAGCUGCCCUGAGAAAGAUUGCCUCCUUGGCCAGUGUAGAGGACUCACAGGUGGAGUGUGUCACCUCAUCCACCACCACCAUCACCCCCAUUAUCCACAUGAAGCGGAAAGGGAGGCAAUGGCUGAGAGGCACCACAGAAGAGGAGGAGGAUGAGGAUCCCAGCAACUCAGACUUUGUCAAGAAAGGAGCAGCACGAAGGAAGGUCUGUCAGAAGGUGCGCCGGGUGGUCUCCAGUGAGUCUGAGGAUGGCGGUGCCUCUGUCCCUUCCUCCCCCACCACCACCACAGGAUAUAAGAAGACCACAGCUGAAAAGUCCAAAGCAAAUAGUGACAAAACCACAGAUGCCUUGAGGAAGAACACCACCCUAAAGAUAAAAGUAAAAGCAACAUCGACAGGAAUCACCAUCUGCAAGCAGUUACCAAUGACCCAAGAGGCAGUGAUGGUUGAGCAAGAGGUUGGCAAGAAUGGAGGAGUGAGGCUGGAGGGAAUAACCACAUCCCAGCGGACAGACAGGGAGGAAAACAACAACCGCAUUAAGGACGUCCAGUUGUCCCCUAACUCAUCGCUGGAGGCAACAGAUGACAUAGAGGAGACACUCAAGAGGAUGGAUGGCUUCUCCCCCAGCACUCCUCGGCCACGUAACCCAACCCCACCUGUGCCCAUCUCCCUCACCAACCCCACAGACUCUCUUGGACCCUCACCUCCACCUGAUUCAGACUCAGGAGACUCCACAGAAAAUAUAUCCACCAGAAUCUUCAGGCAAGAUCCCAGCCCAGCCAAGCCUUCUGCUGCUACAAAAAACUCAACCAUGGAAACACCAAAUACAGACAGCCAGAGCAAUACUACCACCACCACCACCAACACCACCACCACCACCACCACCACCACCACCACCAGCCCUCCAGACACAGAGAGAGGCACAGAAAAUUUAACAUCAACAAAUAGUGGGUCAGCUAGCAAAGUGACACAAGAGAGCCCUGGCAAGUCUAAGGGGAAGAAACUGCCACAAAAACAGAGCCCCAAAACACAGACACAGACUGCAAAGAAACAAAAGCAAAACUUGGAAAGCAAAAAGCAGACCCCACCUAAGAAAACUCAGAGCCCCUCCAAGCGGAAACAGAGGCAAACACCAGAUAGCAAAAAACAAACUCCAAACAAGAAGAAACAGACUCCAGACAAACAGAAGCAGAUUGCAGAUGGCCAGAAAGAGAUCCAAGCUAACCAAAGGCAGACACAGGACUCUCAGAAACAAUCCCCAGACAGCCAGAAGCAGACAUCAGCCAGCCCAAAUCAACCAGAAACUCAGAAGCAACCAGACAACCAAAGACAAUCAAAUGGCCAAAGACUUACCCCAGAUAGCCAGAGACAACUUGACAACCAAAGACAGUCCUCAAGUAACCAAAGACACUCCACUGAUAGCCAAAGUCAACCCUCAGACAACCAAAGAGACAACCAGAACAGCGCUCAAGACGAUCUCCCUUCUUCAUCCUCUACCCAAGACCCCACCAAUUCUCAGUCUUCUGUUCCAUCAGCAGAAAAGACAGCCUCCUCUCCCACCAGCAAGGCCUCUUCAGACACGCCUCGUAGCCACAAGACAGCUGGUCGUGGAGCCUGCAGGUCUGAGAAGAGCCGUCGGGUGACUCAGUCAGACUCGGAGGAGAGUGGCAAUGAGAGUGCAAACGUUGAUGGGAAUUCUGUUGGUACAAGUCCCACUCCACCUGCUGAGGGCCAGGAGAGUGAGAGGAGCAGCAGUGAUGGUGAUACAAGACACACUACUGAUGACAACAGGAGAACUGAGAAAAGAGGUGCAGCUGCAAGUACUGCCAGGAAGGGAGGCCAGUCAGAGAGGUCCAGUGAUGAUGAUGCUAUUGUUGAUGAUGAUGAUACAAACAGAAGCCAAGAAAGAGGAGGUAGGAGUGGCAGCAGGAAGGAAAAAGACAGCAUCAGGCAUAAGAAUAGAGAAAGUGGCAACAAGAACAACAGAAACAGUGACAGCAGGAAAGAUAAGGAUGGUGAUAACAGGAGCAACAGAGAUAGUACCAGCAGGAACAACAGUAAUACUGCCAGCAGAAACAACAGUGACAGCACCAUGGGGAAAGGCAGCGUUAGCCGCGGUAACGAUGACAGUGACAGUGACAGAGUGGACAGGGAAGGCUCCCCUGGCGUGCCCACCCUGUCCCAGCCACUGUUGCAAUACAGUGAUGGCAUCAGCGAUCACAACGCCGAGUACCGCGACUCCAUGUGGAAUAUGUCCUUCUUCACCCCAGAGCGGCGGGAGCGGGACGAGAUAUCACCGCCCCAGCCAGACUCCCCGCCAGAAGCAUCUCGGAGCAGACGAGCAUCAGGGGCAAGACAGGUGUAUCCCACACUACUCACACUCCAGCUGGCUAGCUAUGAGAGUCCUGCACGAAGGGAGCGCACAGACUCCUCCUCCACCAGCCACCCCUCAGCUGCCUCCACCCCUGGUGAUGAUGAGCGGCCACGUGGAUUGGCCACCAGUGGCCGGUCAGCGGGUGGCCAGGCUGAGGGGCGUGCCAGCCCGGGGUGCAACAUUCUGCCCAUUGUGGAAGUGGAAGUCAUGGAAAAAUCCCCCUUGCCUGAAUGUAAUGGGGAGACUGAGACAGACCCUCUAGCAGCUGACCCACAGGACCCCCUGGCUGGGACUGAGGACACAGUGGUGGCUGAAUCUGAGGACCCUUUGACAGAGGAGACACAGGAUCCUCUUGCCCCUGAGAAUCAAGAUCCUUUGGCUGAGAAUCAGGAUCUAAUGACAGAUCCCCAGGACGAGACUCAAGACCCCUUGGCUACAGAGGCUCAGGAUCCUUUGGCAGUGAAUCAGGACCCACUGGCUGAUGGGCCCGAGGAUCCUCUUGCUACGGAAACUGAAGAUCCCUUGGCAACAGAGACACAGGACCCUCUGGCCACAGAGAUGGUGGAUCCCCUGGCCCCUGAUAGGCAGGGCUCAACACCAGUCGAGACACAGGACCCACUGUCUACUGGGGAAAUGGACACCUCUCAGGUAGGUGACAUGCAAGACCCUGCAGCAGCAUCUGAAUUACUGGCAAAUGUACCCCAAGGUUCUGUGGUGUCCAAGACCCAGAACCCACAGCCAGUAAGAAGAGGGAGUGACCAUGGGGACAGUGCAACAGAGGAGGACCAGCUGCUGGCUUCACCAUCAUCCACAGUGGAAAUAGUGCAGAUGAACAUCAAACGAGAGCCUGUUCCACCACCACAGUCCCCUGUGUCAUGCAGUGCAGAGACUCUAGGUGAGGAGGAGGAGGAGGAAGAGAUUGACAUCAAGCCAUUCCUUGCAGCUGAAGCAAGUGAAUGCAGCUUGAAUGAGGUUGCACUUCCCAGCAACAGCCAGGAUAUAGUUAUUGAGAGCAAGAGUGUGCCAAGCCCUAGGGAGAUGACAGACUCCCCAUGCAAACAGAGGAGAGAAUCAGUGGCACAAAUAGACGAGUCAUGCCCAGCCAGCAUCACACCACACCUGAGUGACUCUAGCCCUGUCUCACCCAGCCUCACCACGGAGACUCCAGCAAGCAGCAGUGAGAGAGGCGUUGACUUUGACACCCUGGAAGAUGAUCUCUUUGGGGGCAGCAGCUGCAUGGCCCAGGAUGACCCAACCAUGUCCUCCAGCACAGAUGAGAGCCUUGAGGAAGAGAGUGGAGGUGUUCUGUCUUCAUCCAAAUCAGUCAGUACAGGGAGAACCACUAACCAGAUCCCCAACAGCACUGGCUUAGGGGGCCCCUCAGCAUCACCUGUGAGAUGCUCACCACCACCUGCACACCCCCCCACCCUCACCACACCACAAAGAAGUACACCAGUGGCAGACUCUGAGGAAAGCAGUGACAGUGCAUCUCUCACUAUUAGUCCAUCACAACCAGAGGACACCAGCAUUGCUGUCACAACCACCAGUGCCAGUACUGUACCAACCACGACCACCACUAUCACCACCAGUGCCAUAACUACACAUCCCCUUGCUACCACCUUCAUCACCACCACUACGCCUAUUGCUACCUCUGCCAGUGUCACUACCACCACUCCUGCUGCUGCCAAGACUAUCACACCACCUACCACUAACACCACCACUACUGCCACCAUUACAAUUACAUCUGUUGCUUCCACUUCACCCAUUACUCAUACUAAAACCAACCCAACCACCACUAUACCCUCUACCACACCCACCACUACCACACCCACCACCACCACACCCACCACCGUCACACCCACCACCAUCACAGUAACAGAAAUUGAGAAGACUAUACCAUUGACUACCACCACAACCAGCACCACAGCUUCCGAGUCAGCAUCAGUGGGUGGAGGAAACAAAACUCCACCCACUCUGCCACACAGCACAGUGGAUGAGAGCAACAGUCCAUCUAGACCAAUAAGUACAAAACCCACACCCACAGCAAUAACAGAAAGCAAUAAAGACAAGGAGACACACAUGGAAAUCACUACUACCACUCCCACCACUGCCACCACCACCACCCCCACUCCCACCACUCCCACCACUACUACUACCACUCCCACUCCCACCACUGCCAGUACCACCCCGACAAAUGCCAAUAAGAUCCAGUUGAAGCAAGCACCGGCUCUCAAUAAAUCUGAUGCAAAAACAACAGAGGAGGAGAUUGAUGUGGCAUGCAGAAGAAACAUCUUGAUCACAGAGAAUGAGAAGGUGAAGGAAGCAAACAAAGAAACCAUCACAGUUACUGCAGAAAACAAGAAGCAAACACCCACCAAAAUUGAUAAAAAGCAAAGUAAGGAAAGUAACACAAAACUUCAUACUUCACCUUUCAAGCAAGCCAAACAUACACUUGAAAAAGACACAAGAACCAUUGAAGAAAAGUUCAAAGAAAUUUUUGUAAGUCCUACCAUUGAUGUUGCUGCCACAAAUGUGAAAGACAAGGAAAGUGAUAAAGGAGUGACUGCUGUUCCUUGGAAUGUGCAAAGUACAAACACAAGUGAGCAAGUCAAGCAGACCUUGCUAGGCAUCACCAGAUUGGCUGACGACAAGCAGACCAUUCCUGGAGACACUCGUACUACCACAACACCUACUACUACUGCUUCUGAUACUGCUGAUGCCAAUUCUUCUUCUAGUAAUACUUCUGCUAAAACUAGUUCAACUACUUCUUCAGCUACUACUACUACUAAUACUAAUACUAAUACUAAUACUAAUACUUCUACUACUACUACUACUACUACUGCUACUACUACUACUACUACUGCUGCUGCUGCUGCUGCUGCUACUACUAGUAUUGCUAUGUCCACUGGCACCAUAGUUUCUACCACUGCUAUUAUGGGUAGUGCAACUACAGCUACUACCUCUCCUACUACCACAGUUGCCACUGUUGCUAUUACUUGUACAACAGCUACUAUAGCUGCUACUACCACAACUACAUCAACUACUACUGCACCUGCUACUACACCAUUGACCACUACUGCAACAUCUAAUAGUGCAUCCAUAAUAACCAAAGCAUCUGCUACCAAAGUUGCCAGUGCUGCCUCCAUCCCUGCCAUAGACAGCACUGCAGCAACCACCACCACAUCUGCACCAUCAGCAGUUGCAGUGCCUGUCACAAAAAAAGUUGUAUCAACAGUAAGCACACUAAUAGAUCUAAGAAAAAAGACAUUACCAACAACAGGAGAGGCAACAAGUAAACUGGAUCCACCAAGUCAAGUCUCCUCUAGUCCUCCCAAAAUUAUGGACGGCAGCCAGAACAGCAGUGCAGUGGCUGCCCAGCACAACACAGGGCAGGAGACACUUGAGGCUGAUAUCACCGUGCCCUGUGAAAGUGACCCGACAUCUCAGAGUUGUGUAGAAUCGCCCCAUAAGGAUAGCACCAGGCAGGAGCAAAACAAAGCUUCCCAGAAAGAUGAUGGAGCUUCCGAAAAAUCUCCCCAGGUGUCCACAAAUACCAUUCAGAAGACUAGUGUCCAACAUGUCCCGAAGAACUCUACCUCAGUGAAGUGUUGCGAAGGAGGAAGUGGCCAGGCUGUGAAUGAGAGGAGCAGAACAUCAGAAGUAACACAGGGGAAAGAGAAAAUAGUUGAUUUAACACAGAAGGAAACAAGUAAAGAAGCUGUGGACAAAGGAGAAGGAGGAGGAGCAAAUACAAACACAGAAGGCAGUGAUCAGAUACCAGUUGAAGAGAAGACACAGAAAAUGACAAAAACUAGGAAUAAGGAUCCCACAAACAACACCCCCUCUGAACCACACACAGCAACAGAUGCCCAGGACAAAAGCACCAAGGAGCAAGGGGACAUCAAGAAGACACCACCAGAGAAAGAAUCACUCAAGACUGUCCCUGCACACCACCACAACCCAUCCACACCUCCCAUACAAACAGAGGACAAGACCAAGGCCAUGAGUAAGGACAAGGAAGAUGCUGCAAUGCCUUGGGAAAAACUGAUGAAGGAAGGGAAGUUCUCACUCAAGGUUUCCAUCGACAGGUCCAUCAUCCACCUGAAUGAGUCGCUUGUGUCAGCCAGUCGUCGACUCUCAGCCUCCUCCUCAGACAGAGAGGAAACUGACAUUGAGGAAGACAGGGAGAGGAACCUGUCUAGUGAAAUAAGUGGUAAGAAAGCCAGUAGUACCAAUGAAAUGACAGAUAUAAAGGCCAGUCCAAGUGAAAAAACAGACAAGAAAGCUAGUAAUUCUAAUGAAAAAGAAACACUUAGUGAUGUAACAGAGAAGAUCAGCAGUCCUAAUAAAGAACAUUCAUCUAGUGAAGUGACAGAGAAGGAAGCAAGUAAUCCCAUCUCACAACCAGUGCCAUCUUCAGCUUCGAGGCCUCUUUCCAGCACCUCUGCUCAAAACUCAGAAAAAAGCAAGGAUAAUGAAACCAGUCAAACACAAAAGACUGGUAAAGAAGAUACCACAGAGGAGCCUUCAAGGGACAAAGAGGGGAAGCACCAGCACCCAACACAGCCCAAGACUUCUCAAAACACCUUGACUUCAAACACUGAUAAGACAAGCAAGAAAGGUCUCAAGAAGAAGGAACAUGAAGGCAGCAGGAAGAAGAGACGCCACAGCUCCCUUGACCACACAGGAGACCAGAGACGCAGCAUAAGCAAAAAGCGGAGGACAAGCAUCUCAGAGUCACCCAAGGACAAGCAGAGCCAUAAAGCUAAGGAAUCAAAGACAGCAACAGUGGAAACCUCCCAUACCAGCUCUACCACUGACACCAUCACCACCAGUACCACCACCAGCACCACCAGUACCACCACCAGCACCACCACUACCACCACCACUAGCACCACCACCACCACUGCUACUUCAUCUCUCUCACAGAAAACUCCCACUGAAUCAGCAAUUCAAAAUCCCACAGAAAAGGAAACCAUGUCUUGCCAGAUCCCAGAGGAAUCCAGCUGUACUGUUAGUUCCUCUCAGCCUUCCAAGAGUCCAUCAAGAUCAACAGUGGCAGAAGUUACCAGUAAGGAGCCAAGCACAGACAAACCCGAGGACACCAUGGCACCACCAGCAGAGCCCAUCUCGCCUACAGGAAAGUCAGGGAAGACAAGUAACAGUGUAAUCAGUGACAAGGAUACGACAGGCACUGAAGACAAGCAGGUUGAGGAAGACAUGCAAGGUGAGGUGAAGGAUGGACAGUCUAAGGAUGUGACCAAUGACACCAAAAAAACAGAUUCACCUGGAACAGCCUCAGUGAGGGACCUGACAGAGGGAACCAUUGAACAUCCAACCUUUAGUCCAUCCCUUGGUGACCAACACACCCAGGAAAAAGAUAAGGAUGUGCCAAAAGAGAGGGCAGCAGAAAAGAGCAAAAUACAGAAUGAUGACAGGUUGACAACUCAAGUAAAUAUUGACACUGUAGAAAAAGACAAGCACCAAGUAGAUGUAAAUGACAAAAAUGAAGAAAAAGUACAAGAUACAGAGAGUAAGAAAGACACCAAAGAAAGUAAUGCAGAGGGAAGCAAAGAGUGCAAGGAAGGAACAGCCAGCAGAGAUUCUCAGGCACAGCAGGAAACACAAGUGCCUCAAGAAUCCAAUGACAGCAACACAACAUCAGCAGCUGCCACUACAGAUCCCCAAGACUCCCAGAAGACAACAAAAGCCUCAGAUGUCAGUACUCAGGAUAGCACCAGCCCACCAAGCAGCCUUACCUCAGAUAAGCAUCUGUCCCCUUCAACCUCUGGAUCCAAAGGGAACACCACUACCACACCUGCCAAAGAGAAGAGUAAGACUCCAAAAAAGACAAGUCGAAGUUCACUUUCAAUAAUGACUUUUGGUGUUGACAGUGAUGAGUUGGUUACAAAGAAAAGGGCCACACCUCAGCCUGACUCUGGAGAAGCACAAGUCCCAAGUUCUAGUGAUAGAAGUAAUAGCAUGCCAGAAAAGAGUUCAGAGACCAGCGGGAAGGAAACACCAGGGAGGUCAACAGCAUCACCACAGUCUGAGAAGAAAUUUACAUCAGGCAAGAGCACCAGCCAGUCAAAGUCUCCCAAGGUGAUUGUGGUGAAGGACACAGUCUCCUCUGGGUUUGACAAGAUGAUGUCAAAAAUCUUUGGAGAGGACAAGAUUGCAAAAACUGCCAAGAAAAAGAAAAAGAAACCUCUUAAGCCAGCCAAGGAAACAAAACCUAUUGCAGCAGAGAUCAAGCAAGAAAAGACAACAAAAGCAGAGAAGUCAGAGAAGGGACAAGAGGAAAGCACACCAAAGAAGGAUAAAUCAAGCUCAUCGUCCAAGCCAUCAAAGAGCAGCAAAGGUUCAAAAAAGAAAACAUCACAUGGAAAGUCAUCAGAAAAGACUUCAUCGUCAUCAUCAUCAUCUGAGAAGACCAAGACUGCACUGUCAUCACAGAACAAAGGCAAGUCUUCAUCCCCAUCCACAAGCAAGGAUAAGUCUCCAUCUACAGCCUCAGAAAAGGAAAAGCUCUCGUCUCUAUCCUCAGAGCAGACAAGAGUCCUCACAGCAUCUCCUGACAAGAGAGAAACUUCAUUGCUCCCAGAGAAGUCUCCAUCAUCAUCAUCUCAAGAUAAGGAAAAACCUCCACCACAACACCCAAGUAAAGAAAAAUCUGUAUCAUCAUCACCCCCCAAUGAUAACUCCCUUUCUUCAUCCCCAAAUAAAAACAGCUGCUCAACACCAACCCCAGAGAAAGAAAAGACUCUGUUGGCAGUAAAAGAAACAGAAAAGUCACCAUCUGUAGCCUCAGAGAAGAAAUCCCCAUCAUCAGCCCCAGAAAGCAAGGUCACAUCUUCAUCAUCCCCAGACAAAGAAAAGACCCCAUCUUCAAUAGAAAAGUCCCCAUCAUCACACUCUGACAAGGAAAGUUCCUCACAAUCAUUUUCAGGCAAGGAGAAAUCUACAUCUUCACAAUCAGACAGGGAGGAAAGUCAACCAUCACUGUCAGAAAAGAAGUCCCCAUCACCAUCCCCAGACGAGGAAAAAGUGUCAUUAUCAUCACUAGGAGAGAAAACCACAUCAUCUCUGGAGAAGGAGUCCCUCUCAUCAUGUCCAGGUAAAGAGAAGUCCUCCACACACCCAGACAAGAAAGAAAACUCUCUGUCGUCACUCUCUGAGAAGGAAAAAACUUUGUCACCAGUCCCAGCCAAAGAAAAUCACUCCUAUUUAUCACCUGAGAAGAAAGAAGCAAAAGAGAAGGAUUCAUUGUCAUCCUCAGAAAAGAAAGAAGCUCCAUCUUGUUCCUCAGACAAAGAGAAAGUCUCUGCCUUAGCCACACCAGAGAAGGAGAAGGAAAGCCCUGCACUGCCAGAUAAGAGUAAGGAGAAGAAACAAACCUCACUCCAUGAUAAAGAAAGUGAUAAAAAAGCCAGUACUCUUUCAUCCUUAAGUCAGGAAAAGCUCAGCAUCUCUCCAUCAGACCAAACCACUGAAACAACUUCCAUUGUCAAGAAAGUUUUAUUUCCAGAAAAAGAAAAGGUACCACUUUCAAGUGUGGACAAGGAGGAUGCCCUGACAGUGUCUUCAAGCAAAGGGAAAUCUCAAUCUUCACCUGAAAACAAUGAUAGUCCUCCACCCAUAUCCCCAAACAAGAAAGAAGAGCAACUUCCAUCUACUAGCUCAGAGAAAACUGCUUCUCCACCAGCAGAUCAGGAGAAGAAUAAAUGCAUGCCCCUUGAAAAAGAGCAGACUGCAGAGAAGGAGAAGGGGAAAGACACAGCCUCAACCCAAGAUAAAGAACACAUCUCAGAAAAAGGUGCUGAAGCUUCAUCUCAAAAGGAACAAAUUCACAUCUUGUCUGAGGAUUGUACAAAAGCUGUUUUAUCCCAGAACAAGGAGCAACCAAAAAGUGUUGCCUCAUCCAGCACAUCAGAAAAGCCAUGCCCUGACAAUGAAGAGAAUACAGAAGAGGCAACAAGCAACCCAGAGUCAAGCAGACCCAAGAUCACAAGCCCAUCUGGGAAAGAGCAAGAGUCAAAGGAUGGGAAGAGUCAAGAGUCAAAGAGAGAGAGUCACCAAGUGUCACAGAAAGAGAGUCACCAAGAGUCAAAGAGAGAGGGUCACCAAGAGUUGAAGAAAGAGAACCAUGAAGAAUCAAAGAAAGAGAACCAUGAAGAAUCAAAGAAAGGAAACCAUGAAGAAUCAAAGAAAGAGAACCACCAGGAAUCAAAGAAAGAGAACCACCAGGAAUCAAAGAAAGAGAACCACCAGGAAUCAAAGAAAGAGAAUCAAGGGGCCACAGAAAUUAAGGAAGAUGACAAAGAUUCACAUGGCAAGAAAACAGAAGGUAAGGAAUCAAAGAAAGAGAAUCAAGGGGCCACAGAAAUUAAGGAAGAUGACAAAGAUUCACAUGGCAAAAAAACAGAAGGUAAGGAAUCAAAGAAAGAGAAUCAAGGGGCCACAGAAAUUAAGGAAGAUAACAAAGAUUCACAUGGCAAGAAAACAGAAGGUAAGGAAUCAUCUAAUGGCAAGCAAGAGGGCAGAGAAUCACCCAGCAGGAAGACUGAACAAAACUCUGGGGAAAGCAAGCACAGCAGAGAGUCACACACCAAGAAAACUGAGUCCAAGGAGUCAUCCAGCAAACAUAAAGGGAAAGACUCAAGUAAAAACAAAAGUAAAGACUCAUCCAGCAGCAAUAGGAACCAUGAAUCAUCCUCCUCCUCUACCUCCUCCUCCCCUACCUCUUCCUCCUCAUCCUCAUCCUCCUCUUCCUCCUUGUCCCCCUCUUCCUCUGACAGAAAUAGAAACAAGGAAUUGGCAACAAGCAAGAAGACAAGCCAAGACUCUUCCACAAAGGACAGAAGCCAAGACAAAGAAGCAGAAAGAGGAAAGAGCAAUCCUCAAGAGUCACAGAAGCAUAAGGAGAAGCAACACAACCCUGACAGUAGUUUAUCAGGGAGAGAUAAAGAGAAGAGAUUGCCAGGCAUUCACGACUCACCCAAAGGCACCCCUGCUGAGAACAAGAGCAAGGAGUCCCUGGAGAAGGACAAGACACAAGAAUCAUCAGGUAAGAAGAGUGGCAGCAGUGACAACCCAGAGAAAGAUCAGAAGCAGCACUCCAGCAAGGACAGAGAUCACAAGGAGAGUUCAAAGAGCAAAGACACAAGAGAGAGGAAUAGAGACAGAGACCAUCACAGCAAGGACAGAAGCAGCACUAAAGAAGGUGAUAGGAAGGACAAGAAUCACAGUGACAGAGAAGCCAGUGGGAAAGAUAAGAAAAGCAGCAGAGAUUCGCAUAGCAAAGAGAGAAAAGAUGACAGGGAUUCACACAGCAAAGACAAACAUAAGAGCAGAGAAUCUAACUCCAAGGACGGCUCUAAAGAAUUGCACAAGAGAGACAAAAGUAGCCACAGUGAGUCACAAAGUGAGAAGAACAGAGACAAAGACUCACCAACCAACAAGGAAAAAAGAGACUCAAGUAGUGGCAGAGACAAACACAGCAAGAGAGAUAGGAGUACAGAGAAAGAAGCAAAGGACAGACACAAACAAAGCAGUAAGGACACCAGCAGGAAAGGCAGAGGCAGCAGCAAGGAGAGUCACAGCAGGGAUAAAUUGAGCCCCAGGGAUUCAGACAAAACUAGUGAUAAAGAUGCCAGCAAAAGAGACAAGAAUAGUGACGCUGAGACACAGAAGAGAGACAAGACAGGUGGCAAGGAGUCUCCCACUAAAGAUAAAACCAAGGAAAAUACCAAGGAAACAACAAGUAAAGACAAACCUUGCAGAGAAACUCCCAUUAAAGACAAAACCAGUGAAAAGGAGGCAUCAAGCAAAGACAAAACAAGCGACAAGAAGAAAAGAAGUGAAAGUAAAACCCCACACAGUAGUAAGAAGGAUAAGGGCAGCAGCAGCAAACACAACCCAGCUGCCAAGGAUAUAAGCACAGCCAAGGAAGACACCACCAAGAGCCAGGACACUGCAAAAAAGGGAGACUCCACUGAACAGACCAAGACAUCCAAAGUUAAGAAAGCCCUGUCAUCCUUAUUUGGUUCUCAAGAGGUACAGGACUCUGACAGUAAUUCUACAUCCCCCACUACUCCAAAAGAUCCUAAAAAGACCAUCCCUGAGGCUAAGCAAGGGGGAAAGAAAGUUCUUGAGCUUCUCUUUGGCUCAGACCCGAAGCUGAAAGAUUCUAAGAAACCCAGGGAGGAUGAAGAAGAAGAGCAGUACACCCCACAGCCCCUCCACACCCCUGGGACAUCCUACAACCCCCAACCCUCAACCUCCUACACCCCCCAGUCCUCUAUCACCACCCCAGACCCGGAAUAUCAACCCCAGCCCAUUGGCAAAGCCCCACCAGACCCAGAAUACCAGCCCCAGCCAAUAUCUAAAACCCCAGACCAAGAGUACCAACCGCAGCUUCUUUCCUCCAAAGCCCCCAAUCAGGAGUACAAACCCCAACCCAUCACCAAGGCUUCAAGUCAGUCUGUGACACAGGAGUACCAACAGCAGAGUCAAGUUACCUCACAGCAGGAAUACCAACCCAAGAGUAUGAAGAAAGAUCAAGAAGUCCAAGAGGAGGAGUACCAGCCUCUUCAUAUCAACCUAGACCCUCCAGUUCAAGAAUACCAACCUGAGAGCAUCAACAAGAAGGUGUCUCAGAUGCAAGAGUACCAACCAAGCAGCAGCAAGAUGAGGAGCUCAGGAAAAGAACAACAAGUCCAGAAACUGAAAAAGAAAACUCCACAGCAAGAAGGCCAGAGCAAACCCCUGAAGAAGGAAGCUGCAGGGACCGCCCACCAGUCUGAGGCCACCAAAAAGACUACCCAUAAGCCAGACCAAGCUUGGGACAGCAAGAGAGGAAGUCACCAGCAAGACCAAGGGCAGAGUGGCAAUAAAGGGGGCAUCAGUAAGGCUCUUUUAGCUAAGGCAGUCCCCUCCCAGCCCUUAUCCCAUAAACCAUCACAAGACAGAAAGGCUGGCAGCUCCCAGCAGCCUACAGACAUCAACGACGACAAACCCAAGAAAGCGACCACCUCUGAUGGCAGCCCCAGUGAGGCAUAUGUCCCCAAGCCACUGGCCUGGGCUGCUCCCAAGGCUGAGUACAUCCCAAAGUCUGUAGCAGCACCCAGCAGCUCCCUGAUACAGGAUGACGAGUACAGCCCCCAGCCCAUUGUGGGUCUGGACAAACCCACCCCAGAGUACAUUCCCAGUGGUAUAACAGCCAUGCCAUCCAGCCAGACCCCCAGCCUGAAGGCAUCACAGGAGGAAGAAUAUGUGCCCCUGCCUCCUGUAAGGGCAGGGGAGGGGGAUGGGGGCCAGCCUUCAUCUAGCUCAUCAGCAGCUCUGUCCGGCCAGUAUCUCCCUCAGACCCUUGCUGCCGGGGAGAAAAUAACACCAGGCUUUUACCGGGAGCAAGGCAGCAGCGGCAGUGGCGAUGGCAGCAGCAACAGAGGCCAGGGAGGUCAGCAGUCAAGAAGACAGCCAAGAGGCAACAGCUCCCGGCACCCAGGCAGACAGUCGGGUGAUACCAGGCGCAGCGGUGGUAGCCGGUCAGGGAAGGGGUCCAGACAGGCUGGCAGCAAGGUGCUGGUGUACCUGCCUCCCCCACCAGCCCAGGACAUGGUGGCCGCCACCCUGGGAGACUACGACCUGCGACCAGCCCUGCACCCUCAGGCCUUCUGCAGCAACCCAGCUGACCUGCCCAACCGCCCCUUGGAGGUGGGUGGGCGGGUUCUACAGCUGCGGACCAAUGCCACGGCCGACCUGGAGGACUUUGAGGGUCGCUUCCAGGCAGAAGGACUGUACAACUGGCGGCUGCUGCUGACCACCCUGGAGACUGAGGCUGCCACCCCAGCCAGGCACGAGACCGCCUUCUUGGGGACACGGGGCGGGGCAAACCACACCACACUCACCCCAGUGAAGCCACCCCCUCCCCUGAAGGACGUCCAGCGGUGGAUAAAAGCACGUCAGAUCAUGGCAGCCCUGAAGAAAGAUACUCACCACAGGAAGGGAGGCGGAGGCGGCGGGGGAAACCGUCCCUCAUCCCAAGGGGGAUCCAAGACCAAGGACUUCUCUGAAGGUAAAGCCUCAAGACCCAACGCUGCCAGCCACGGGGAGUCCAGCAAGGGUGGCAGCAGCGGCAGCAGCAGCACAGGGGAUGGUGGUGGUGGUGGCCAGAAGCAGCAACACCAAACAGCACUGAGCACCUCCCCCCAGAGUGGCCACUGCAGCACCAGUACUCCUCAGCCCAAGCUCCCUGCAACACUGCCGCCUUUUCACCUCACCCCCAUUGCUAAGGCAUCCACACCCACCUUGGGAAUCUCCAGCCAUUCCCCAGCCUCUGAGGGCCACACCCUGACCCCUGGUGUCACACCAACCACCUCUCAGGGCCACACCUCAACUCCCUUAGGUCACACCCCGGUCCCCAGAAGUUGCGGUCUGGCCCCGGCCCGCCUGCAGCCUCGGUCCAGGCGGCGAGUGUCCUGGGAGGCAGAGCAGCCCGUGCUGAGGGUGUCACCUCUGCUGGGGAGGAGGCGGCGUGCCUCGCUGGAUGGCCUGGCACCCCUGGAGGAAGACACUGAGGGGGAGGCAGAACAAAGAGGGAGGAGGGCCUUCAGAGGACUGGCACUGGACAAGAUGACAGAGCCAUCCAGCAAGAGACCCAGGCAUUCCCUCGGCCAGGAGGAAGCAGGUGAGGCGGGCAAGGCAGCAGCGGCGGUUGCAGCUCCCAAAAGUGGUGAUGACAGUGAGGUGUUGGAGAGCUCGCAGCCUUCCCCAGCUUCCCCUGCUGCACCCCUGGUGCCAAGUCAGCCAGAAAGUCAGCCUCCUUCCAGCAGGCCAAUGAGCCAGUGUGGCACACAGCCCCUGAGUCAGCCUGGCAGCCAGCCCGGCAGCCAGCACUCCAGUGACUCCCUCCUGCGCCGGCAGCUGCUGGACACACAGUUCCGGCAGCAGUUCUACAGCCUGGUGGACGGCCGAGGCUCCUUCUCCCAGGCACUAGAAGGCCCAUCACUCAACAACUCCUAUGGCUUCAAGUUCACCAGCCACAAUCUGUUUGAGGCCAAGACAGUGCAUGAGCAUGAGUUCCUGACCCUGAUGUGCCUUGAGUGCCAUGUUGCCACAAGACCCCAGCUGCUGCCUGACCCUCAAUUUGACCCCAUCUCUGCCCUGGUAUUCUCCAUCACUCAGGACCUCCCCCCAGAGCACCCCAGCCCCCAGCACUUGAAAGGUGCAGUCGUGGUGAGCAGUGGAGGCUGCGACCUGGUGACCUGCACAGGACUAACUGACCUGGCAGUGCUCCACGUGGACUCCGAGUCAGACCUUCUGGAGGAGGCGGUUCGCCUCGUCACCACCUGGGACCCAGACAUGCUGGUGGGGUACGAGGUGCAGCAGGGGUCCUGGGGAUACUUGCUGGAGCGGGGCUUGGCACUCGGGGCAGAAGUAGUGACACGCCUCUCUCGAGUGCCAGAGGGGACCGGGGCAAGCCACCACCUGGAGGAAGAGGACGAGUAUGGGGCCGACCACACCUCACAGAUCCACCUGGCGGGCCGAGUGGUGCUCAAUGUGUGGAGGCUGAUGCGGGCGGAGGUGGCACUUCAGAGCUACACCCUGGAGAGUGUGGCUUUCCAUGUCCUGCACACCCGCAUCCCAACCUUCUCCCAUGACCAGCUGAGGGCCUGGUGGCUGGCUGACACCACCCGCUGGCGUGCCCUAGGCCACUACUUGACUCGCUGCCGCCUCACCUUUGACCUCCUCCACAACCUGGACCUGGUUUCUCGCACUGCUGAACUUGCUCGUCUCUUUGGAAUCCGGUUCUAUGAUGUCUUGUCCAGGGGCUCCCAGUUCCGUGUGGAGUCCAUGAUGCUGAGGCUGUCCCGGGGGAGGAACAUGGUGGCCAUCUCCCCCAGCAUCCAGCAGAGGGCAGCCAUGAAGGCACCAGAGUGGAUUGCCCUCACCAUGGAGCCCCAGUCAAGAUUCUAUACAGAGCCAGUGGUGGUGCUGGACUUCCAGAGCCUCUACCCAUCUGUCAUGAUUGCCUACAACUAUUGCUACUCCACCUGCCUCGGCCGCAUCCACCUGCUCCACAACCCAGAAGGGCUUCCCUAUACCUUUGGCGCCUCACACCUCCGCCUGCCACCUGACCCUCAGAGCCUCCUGGAGUUAGUGGAUGAGAUGAAUGUGUCGCCCUGUGGUGUCGCGUUCCUGCCAUCACGAGUGAAGCGUGGGGUGCUGCCGGUCAUGCUGGAGGAAAUACUCAACACAAGACUCAUGGUCAAGGCAUCCCUGAAGAAGUGUGGUGAAAACAAUGCCUCACUCCGACGCGUCCUGCACUCACGCCAACUUGGCCUCAAGCUCAUAGCAAAUGUCACCUAUGGCUACACCAGCGCCAACUUCUCUGGACGCAUGCCUUGUACUGAGGUCGGGGACAGUGUGGUGAGCAAGGGUCGUGAAAUUCUUGAGCGUUCCAUCCAGCUUGUCAACUCCCACCCCACCUGGGCAGCUCAGGUGGUGUAUGGGGACACUGACUCCCUUUUUGUGCACCUGCCGGGGAGGAGCCGCAGCCAGGCCUUCACCAUUGGGCAGGAGAUUGCUGCCACUGUCACCAAGAUGUACCCUAAACCUGUUAAACUCAAAUUUGAAAAGGUGUACCUGCCCUGCAUCCUCCAGACCAAGAAGCGCUAUGUAGGCUACAUGUAUGAGAGCCCUGCCCAGGAUGAGCCGGUCUUCGAUGCAAAGGGCAUUGAGACAGUGCGGAGGGAUGGUUGUCCUGCUGUUGCUAAGGUCUUGGAGAAGUCCCUGCUCCUAUUGUUUGAACGCAAGGAUGUGUCUCUCGUAAAGCAGUAUGUGCAGCGUCAACUCUUGAAGGUGCUGCAGGGACGAGUUUCUCUCCAAGAUCUGACUUUUGCUAAGGAGUACCGGGGCGCUCGGGGCUACAAACCAGGUGCUUGCGUUCCCGCCCUGCACCUCGC